AUGAGAGAGAAGGGCAAAGGCAUUAUUUCAGAUAGACAUGAAAGUAUUGCGAAAGCAGCAAAUACAAACUUCCCCAACCUCAUGCAUGGAGUUUGUUGCUACCACUUGCUAAAGAAUAUCAAGACCAAGUUCAAAAAAGGUGGAGAUGAACUCAGAAAUGCAUUCAAUGGUGCUUCCAAAGCUUACAAUGCUGCUGAAUAUGAAAAAAAUAUGAGAGAUUUAGACAAUAUUCAUAGCGGCAUAAGAGACUAUCUGGUAAACGAAGUUGGAAACACACUCAAAGAAGUAAGAGAGUUACCAAUAGCAACUUUACUAGAAUGUCUUCACUCUUUGGUCCAAAAAUGGUAUUGGGACAACAAAAAUAGAGCAUUGUCUACAUUCACAUACUUGGCACAAAAACCAGAGAAAAGUCUACGAAAAGAGCGAGAUAUGAGCUUAAAGUACAAGGUGGAAACAUCAAACCUGAUUGUAUACAAAGUACAUGAUUGUACCGACUCAUACAUAGUAAACCUGGAAAAAAAAACAUGCAGCUGUCAGAAAUUUGAAUAUGAUGAAAUGCCUUGCUCACAUGCAAUGGCUGUGUUAACCAAAAGGAAUCUAUCAUGCUACAGCUACUGCUCUUACUACUACACAAAAAAGGCUUUUUUGUCAACAUAUGAAGAUAAUAUCUUCCCACUAGCAGAUUCUACAACUUGGGAUAUACCGGAUCAUAUAAAAGAUAUGAUUGUUCUACCCCCAACACACAAGAGGCCAGCAGGGCGGCCAAAAAAACAAAGGUACAAAGGUGUGCUGGAAACAAAAACACAGGUCAAAUGUGGAUCAUGCAACCAAAAAGGACACAACAAAAGAUCGUGCAAAAAUGAACCAGUUCCAAAGCCAACCCGAAAGAGAAAGAACAUCAGUACUUAA